AGCCGCGAGUACUUUCGUGAUACAAGAAAGAGGUCAGACACACACAGGUCGUCAACAUCACACAGACUCGUGCGGGUCGAGGAGGCACUGACAUCAAAACACGCGCGGUGUGGUGUGCGGCCGGCGCGCGCGAUUCCGCGAAUAAGAAAGGCGGAGAACAGCUUAGAGUCGCGGGUCCUCUUCACCUCACUGCAACGCCGGGUACAUGGACAGGUAUGGGUCAGAGAGACACCGGCGUCUCGAAGAGACCGCUCUCGGCGGCGGUUUUGGAGCGCCCAGACACUCGCGGCUCCGCUAGGCUUUGUGUGAGCGGCGAGCGACGGUCGCCCGCCCCGAACCUGCGCGUCGCCUGCGCCGAGGGCGACCACUGGUGAGGGGGUGUGUGGGCGGGCCAGCGGGCGGGCGGAUGGGCGGGCGGGCGGGGGGGAGGGAGGGAAGGGAGGGAGGGAGGGGCCAGGGAGGGGGCGGCGGGGGAGAGAGAAGGAGAGAAAGAGAAAGCGAGGGGGAGAACGAGAGCGUCCGGAUGCGGAGGACGGGGGGUCGGCGAUCGCGAUUCCGUCGAUCCGCCGCCGAAUAUGCUAGACACUCGGACGUGUGAGCAGCCACUCGGUAGGAGCCAGACGCGACGUGUGAGCAGAGCGGUGCAGUCGCGGUGGAAAUUUGGGAGCCGAGUGAGCGCCGAGGAGGGUGAGGCGAGCGCGGGUGGUAGGAUUACGUCCGAGUCUAUGCGCACACCGAAGUGCAAUGCGAGGCUGCAGUGGCGUGCGGCGUGUGUCAGAUGGCUCGGCCCGUCCUCCCUCGCCGGAGAGAGGGGGAGGAAGGGCGUGGUCAGAUGGCUCGGCGGGAUUUUGUCCGAGUGUCUGGCGUCUCACGUCUCUCGCGAGGAAGGCGCACCGAGGCGCGACCGAGACGAUCCGACCGAGACGAGACGAUCCGAUACGAGACGAUACGAGACGAGCGAU